CGUUGACGAAUGGGAUUCAACCCCUUCUGAUUUUUUUAUAGUUGCGGGUUAGAAGAUUCGUACAUCUACAACCCGGGGUAAAACUACUGUCAUAACAGCACUAGCCGGGAUCUUAUAUAGAACCUAUAUUGCAGGUGUAAAACUGUUGGUGAGUACCCGGGGCAACAUUAUCGAAAACAUGGCUGUGUACUCUGACGAGGUACUGCAUUUCUUAGCGGAAAAACUCUAUCCCGAGGAUCUGAGGCCAAUUGGCAUCCAAGUUUUAGCCCUUGAUGAGGCUAAAAUUAAAGCAAUUGAAUUUAACGAUCGCGGAGACAUCACCAACCAGCUUUAUCAAAUGCUCAAGAGUGGGCUAGAGAAACCUUCCGAUUCUGAAUGGUAUACUCGAGAAGAGAUACUAAAUGAUUUUCUUGUCUUUAGGAGGAGACACAUAUAUCAUCAAUGUAUGGAAUUUCUAAAAGAAAGAAAACCUUGUCCGAACCUUCGAAAGAGAGAAGAGAAAAAAAAUAUUCAUCAGUCCCCAGACCAGUUAGCUGGAACCAACCAUUCCGUAUACAACAACAGUAACAACGACUACAGCAACAGCAAUUACUACAAUAAAAUCAACAACUACUACUACUACUCUUACCAUUACCAUCCACAAAUGCCACAACCAAUGGUGAUGGUGAACAACUGGAUUUCCCCGUCAUGGACCUAUCAUAAUAGAUCCAUGUUUUCCCCUCAAUGCAAUCAUACCACCCGUUCUACUGGUAUGCUGAACAUAAUAAACGGAAUGACAAAUGUAUCAAUCUCUCUUUAAAGCAUUUGAAAUAAAAAUGCUAAACUAAGAAGAGUGUAAUCAGUUUGUUACGGACCGACAAUAAAAUAAAAAACUGUAAUUUUUCUAUUAUAAAUUGUCGAUUUGUUAAUAACCUUGCAACAACUUUGCUUUCUACCCCUACUCCCAGAUGUAUGGUUUAAUCUAAUUUUGUAUACAACCAAAUCUCAAAUGACCUUGGAUAUGAUUAAUGCCACUUACCAUUUCGUCUAUUGACAUGUCGGCUGUAAAAAAACUCCUGAUUUUACAGAGAAAAAUGAAGAUUUUGCAGAA